AUGAACUGUCUGGCAGGAGUCGAGCCGCGUGGUGGCAUACUUCUGUCCCCGCACUGCUUUCCUGCUCUGCGAGACGUGCAUACAGGCCAGUUUCUGCGCAUGGAGGAUGCACCUAUGUUGACGGGUUGCAGGCACCCGAUCUUGGACAAGUCACAGUGCCGAGCCCAAUCUCUGGCAUCGGCGCAUGAGAAGCGCAUCACUUUGACACUGCCCACGAUCACCCCAUGGAACUCUGUCUGCCGCAAGGCUGAGACGUGCCAACAGGACAUUCAAAAGCUCAAGGAUCCGGAAUCCUGCGCGGCAGCUUCAUCUGCAAUUUGGGGCAAUCUGCAUUCAAAGCCGGCAAAGCAUUGCUCUCAAGUCUCAAGGUUGCUGCGAAGCGCAUACUUGGACUUUGCAACCGGUCGCAGCAGGCAGUGCGACGGCUUUAGACUUGUGAAGUUACGCAUGUGUCAGCACGAGGCUAGAAUACUGUUCUUGGAUGCUGGACUUUGCACGGGAGCCUGGAUUGCUCAUUGCAGCCUUUCUAGACGAGGGUGGGAUGUGGGAGGUAGUGCCGUCGCGACUGCUGUUCAUGCGGCUCGUGGCAGCUUCGACCUGGCUGAUCCUGCUUUGGUUGCGAAGCAUGCUAGCUGGGCUGAGCUGCAGGAAAAGCUAGAUGAGACGCGAGUCCUCCUCUGGCGGCCAAGGCAAGAUGCGGCAGCUGAUGAGUUGUCGAAUCCUUUGCAGACGGCAGCUCCCUUGAAGAGGGGCAAGCUGGGGCGCUUGUUGGUCAACGUGCCUGUCGAGUCGCGCAGCCAGCUGGACGAGGCUCGCUACGUGGAGAACUCUGAUGCCUACUCCAGUGCGGCGCACUUGUACGAGGACUUCUGUGACACCCCGUGA